AGAACAUGACGAGGAAGCCAUUGGUCUUGGCGGCCUUGGCUGCAGGUCAGGUCUUUGGUGUCGCCAACGCCUUUCACGUCUACCCACCUCCAACCCUGAGCAGCCGCGGCGGACAUGUAGAGAUAGCGCCCACACGGCCCUUCUCCUGUCUCCCUGCUGCCAGCUGCGGUGCACAUCGCCGGCGAUCAUGCUGUGGCAGGCGAGAGCUUCAGCUGGCGUUGGAGAGUGAAGCACUGGCGGUAGGAGCAGCCGUGAUCGCGGGGGCAGCAAUCAUCGGAGCAGGGCGAGGGUUGUCAACGCUCGCCGGUGCGUUUAAGCUCGCGGACUACCGAACAACGAGCGGCCACGAUCUGCGCCUGGACGAAAAGUUGGGAUCCAAGCGCCGUCGACUUGACCCUUCCUCGGAAACGACUUCCGGUUCCUUAGAGAGUACGGGUGGAAGAGGCGCUUCUGAGACGGCGCUGGGAGUGGAGACCGACUGGCGAGAAGAGAUCCGACUGGCUUCGCAGCUGCCGGAUGAUAGUGUUGUGUUCGGCGGUUCAGGGGGUAUGGAAAGAGAUGGUGGAACUUGA